AAGCACAGGACACGGCUGCGUGGAAUAUUCUUCUUUCCUCAGAGGUUUAGGAGUUCACCUCUCUGGCCCGUGGCAGCUCCUGUGGCAUUUGGAACACAGCAAGGACCUUUUGGGGCAGAAAAGCUUCAUUCCCCCCCAGUCACACACCCAUCUUGGACCAUGAGCUGCCCUGAGUCUCAAAAGACAGGGGCGAGUGGGAAGAAUGCUGCUUCUCCUCAGAAACAAGUUAUUUUCAAAAAAAGCACCCGUGACAAAGCUCUGACUAUCUACCUGGGGAAGCGGGACUUUAUUGACAACGUGGGGGUUGUGGAACCUGUAGAUGGUGUUGUAUUGGUGGAUCCUGCACUUAUCAAGGGGAAAAAAGUGUACGUGUCCCUGACCUGUGCUUUCCGGUACGGCCAGGAAGACAUUGAUGUGAUUGGCCUCACCUUCCGACGGGACCUCUUCUUCUCCAGGGUCCAAGUCUACCCACCUGCUGACAAGCCAGAGACUCUCUCCCACUUGCAGGAAUCUCUGCUAAAGAAGUUGGGGAAAAAUGCUUAUCCCUUUUUCUUUACAUUUCCAGAUUACCUGCCUUGCUCAGUCUGUCUGCAGCCUGCACCUCGUGAUGUUGAUAAGAGCUGUGGGGUCGACUUUGAGGUGAAAGCUUUCUCAACAGAGAAUGUGGAAGAGAGAAUUCAUAAGAGGAACUCUGCACGCCUGCUGAUCCGUAAGGUGCAAUACGCUCCAGAAAAUCCAGGACCACAACCUUGCGCUGAGACCACUUGGCAGUUCUUCAUGUCCAACAAGCCGCUACACUUGAAAGCUUGCCUCAGUAAAGAGGUGUACUACCAUGGCGAGCCCAUUCCAGUCACUGUCACCAUCAACAACAGCACAGACAAAACAGUGAAGAAGAUCAAAGUCCAGGUGGAGCAGGUUGCCAAUGUGGUUUUGUAUUCCAGUGACUACUAUACAAAAGUGGUAGCUGCUGAGGAAGCACAGGAAAAGGUGCAGCCAAACAGCAGCCUGACCAAGACACUGACCCUUUUGCCCUUGUUAGCGAAUAACCGGGAGACCCGGGAAAUAGCUCUGGAUGGAAAGCUGAAGGAUGAGGAUACCAACUUGGCUUCUAGUACCAUUAUAAAGGAUGGAAUAGACAAGACAGUGAUGGGGAUUCUGGUUUCCUACAAGGUCAAAGUGAAGCUCACUGUUCCAGGCAUGCUGGGGGACCUCACUUCCAGUGAGGUGGGCACAGAGCUGCCCUUUCGUCUCAUGCACCCCAAACCUGAUGAAAAGAACCCAGCAGGGAAGGAUGGUGAAGCAGAGCUGGUAUUUGAGGAGUUUGCUCGUCAACAGCUAAAAGAUACGCCUGAUGAUGAAGAUAAGAAUAUGUCCUCAACUGAUGAGUGACUAAAAGAACAAGCUGCCAGAGAAGCGAUGUAGUCUGGCAUCAAUUAGAAAUUUAGGAGAUAGGUUUCUAGCAAACCGCAUGUUCUCAGUGCAUGCAUCAUCUUCCAGGGAUCAACCCUGAGAUCAGUGGAUGUAAAAUAAUGAAUCUCUGUUGCUUAUUAAAAGUUUCAACUCUAGAAGAAUGUAGCAAACUCAAAACCUGAUGCUUACUCGAGCUACCAGAGGAGGGCAGGAAGGCUGCCAUGCCAUGACUUUGGCUUUCCUGGCUACUUAAUAAAAGAGUCGGUUGCUUUCACCACUGAUGAGAGCUUAAGUGAUCAUUUGUGCAGCCUCCUAGACUUACUUGGUGUCAAAGGGCCUCUGACUUUGAAAUGCUGGUGAACCUAGUCCUAGUCCUGCAGCC